GUUCAGCUCUUGUCCAAAAAGUGACGCUGAAGGUGAUGGAGGCCCUGUCAUGUCCUUUGUCUCUCCCCCCAGAGCUCCUCAGCUGUUUCUCCUUGCUUAAAAAGCCACAUCAAUAUUGGGUUUAAAGGUGGAUGAUGAGUUUUGUGGAAUUCAGGAACACUUUCUGACUGCCCUCCUCUCAUGAUCCCCAGCUAUCCCUGCUCCAGGUGGCAUGUCAGGGACUUGGAGCACAGCUGCUCCAUUCCAAUUUUUAUUGGAAUUCCCAGUUGUGGAUUUCUUCUUUUUUAUUUUUCUGUUUGCGAAUUCACCUUUUUAACAUCUUCAGUUUGGUCCCCAUCCACCAGAGCCUUUCACUUCCUGUAGAGAAAGAAGCAAUGCUUGGUUUUCCAACCUUUGACAUUCCCCAGACUUUCCAUAGGACUUAACCCCCACACUCCAUCCCCUUUUCCCUCCCACAGAAGUUUGUUUCACCCUGUUCUGUUUGCAAACUGAAAUGCACGUGGGGCAGAUUUAGGAAGACAAAGUGUGACCUGUGGAAGGUUUGGAGCAGCAAAUCCCGAUUUCUGCAGGGCUGGUGUGUUUCAGGGGCAGCUGGGCAGUUCUGGGGUGCUGCCUCAGGGGGUGGCUCUGCCUCACCAGGUGUGUCCAGGCACAGAACCUCUGGGGUGGGUACCCACAGCUGUCACUGCUGUCCCCAGGCCAGCUCUGGGGGUAAAACAGGCCAUUCCAGUGGAAUGCAGAGCUGUCACCAGAACUGUGCUCCCUGUCAGCCCAAGGUCACUGCACCUCCCUGGAGGACUCUGGUGCAGGAGCAGCUGCAGCCAAGUGAGGGAAGUGUUGGAUCCAUCCCUUCAGCCCAGUGCUGGGAAGGAAAACAGGUAUUUGCUUUAAUUCCUUUUAGAAAUGGACUUUCAGGAGGUGAAGGCUUUUGGGGCCAGGUUUGACAGGGCUUGGAGCAACCUGGUCUGAUGGAAGGUUGGGGGAGCAGGGGGGCAGAAGGAGAUGAGCUUUGAGGUCCCUUCCAACCCAAAUAAUCCUGUGAUUAUGUGAAGCCACCUCCAUGGAGCUUUGAAGGGAUUUGGGGUGUUCUGGCAGGGACUGCAGAGUCCAGGCCUAGCUCUGCUCACCCUGGGAGUGGAGAAGGGUAAGGGUGGGAAUCCUUCCCAGCUGGUGGUGAGCUGUUCCAUGGCUGUCCUGUUCACUCAAGAAUAAAUGUAUUGCAAAAAUAUAACCUGAAAAAACUUCUGGCUCUUCUCGUGGGAUUGGCAGAGGAGGAGAUCCAAGGUCUGGUGGUUUAUGAGUUUUUUUCAUUCCAUAUAAAACAAAAUGGUAUCAGAUAUGCUUUUGAAGGAGCUCUUGUGGAGAUUAAGCUUUUAUAUUGCUCCUUGUAGCCUUAUAGAGUCUGUAAUCUGGGUCACAAGAAAUACAUAGAUAGAAAUCACAUGGUGUGAUAAAAAUCCUAUAUUUUGUGUUCCACAGUUUACUAGGGGAUAAAGAUAUUCUGGCUGCUCUAUUUUGUUCUGUACCAUUACAGUUCCAGUUUAGCUUUGCCAGGUAUUAACAAAAAAAAAAAAUCUAUUUUCUAACAGUCAUUUUUCAAAGGGGUUUAAGAGGCUGACAGCGAGAGGAAAUUGAGGUCUGUUUGGGAGAGGCAUCAAGGAGAUCCAGCGCCCCUUCUGUCAUGUUUUUGGAAUUGCCUUGACAGUGUGGAGAGCUGGGAGAGGCAGAUCCAGGGCCCUGGGGCUGUGGCAGAGCUCGGUGAAUGAGGCUGCUGGGAAGGAAGGGACUGGCACGAGAAAUUCUUUGUUUCUAAUUUGUUGAGGACAGCUGAUGUUGUGUUUGGUGAGGCAGAAAUGAAUCCUUUCCUCCUGAGCCUGUUGGAGCUGUGGCACCUGUGGGACAGCUCUGAUGGGGACAGCAAAUCUUCACCAGGAACCACAGGAUGGGCAGAAUGAGGCAGAGUCACUUGGAGACACCUGGGUGAUCCCUGUCACACCAGGCCUGGAGCGUCACCCAGCGAGGCAGGGAUGGGGCUGAAGGGCUUCAUUCUAACACAAACAGCAGGAGAGAUUUCCAUCCCUCUCCUGUUCAGUCUGUCCAGCCUGGCCCAGGGCAUUCACUUUCCUGGCUUUUACACUAAAGGUUUUGUGGGUAGCUGUUGAUUUCAAGAUGAGCCACACUCAGCAGGUAGAAAAACCUGUAAGGGUCGUAGUAAAUGGGGAUAUGUGCAGCUGGAUAAAAUAUUCCCUGAGGAAUCAGGAUGGUUUGGGUCUGAAGGGACUCAGAGGUGAAGAGGGAGUCUGGCCUGCUACCAGCAGAGUGAAAUGCUCCCAGUUUGGUGCCUGGUGUGAAAUGCUCCUGGUUGGAUGCCUUACAUCAUCCUGUGCCUGUGAGGAUGGACAAACCCUUGUGCCAGGCUCCAGAAAUCCCUUGUGACACACCCCAGGAUGUGUUCCCAGCGUGUUCCUGGGAAAUGCUGGGCAGAGAAAGAAAAGGAGCUCCAUGGAGAGAACCUGCUUAGGGUCAAAGCUAAAGCAAGAACACCAAUCUGGAAAUUGGAAGCUCCAGCUUCCCGCCAAGCUCUCAAAGCCAACCCCAGCCCUGUGUCACACCUUGCAUGGAGCCCUCACAAUCGGGGAUAUUUUGCCCGGUUUUUGCUUCAUGCUGCACUCAGUUUCCAGGCUAAACCCUCCUGUGAACUGCUGAUGGCAGAGUUUUCCAGAGAACCUGGCAAGAAGCAGCGUGAACGUGCUGAUGUGAAUUUCGACGUUAAUCUUCUGUAAAUCGAGCGGCCCGUGUGCGAGGGGCGGCCGGGAGAAAUCCGCAUGACGCUCCCGCAGCUCGCUGCUAUUGACAGGAAAUCUCAUGGCUGGAAUUCCGUGGACGCAGCUGCUGCAUCAGCGCCCGGGGAAUUCUGCUGUUCUGUUCAGAAGCCACCCAUAAAUAGCGGGGCCGGCCGCGCCGCCCGGCACAGCGGAACCACACGGAGAGGCACAAUGACCGAGCAGCAAAGUCCCCCCGAGCAGAUGGCGACUGGGGAGGGUGCUGGCGAGCGAGGUGGCAACUACAAGAUCACAAUCUACGAGCUGGAGAAUUUCCAGGGGAAAAGGUGUGAGCUGACAGAGGAGCUCCCCAACAUCACCGAGAAGGAGAUGGAGAAGGUGGGCUCCAUCCAGGUGGAGUCUGGCCCGUGGCUGGGCUUCGAGCGCCAGGCCUACGCCGGGGAGCAGUUCGUGCUGGAGAAGGGCGACUACCCCCGCUGGGACUCGUGGUCCAACAGCCACAGCAGCGACAGCCUGAUGUCCCUCCGGCCCCUCCAGAUUGACAGCGCUGACCACAAGAUCCACCUGUUUGAGAACGCGGGCUACGCCGGGCGCAAGAUGGAGAUCGUGGAUGACGACGUGCCCAGCCUCUGGGCCCACGGCUUCCAGGACCGCGUGGCCAGCGUCAAGGCCCUGAAUGGAACGUGGGUGGGCUACGAGUACCCCGGCUACCGGGGCCGCCAGCACGUCUUUGAGAAGGGCGAGUACCGGCACUGGAACGAGUGGGACGCCAACCAGCCCCUGAUCCAGUCUGUGCGCCGCGUGCGGGACCAGCAGUGGCACCAGCGGGGCUGCUUCGAGAACAGCUGAGGGACCCCCAGCCCCCCCCGGGGCCCUGGCGGGGUCCCCCGGCUGCUGCCGUGACCGUGGUGAUUUUUGUGCAAAAACCUCAAUAAAGCUCUGA